CGCCUGCUCGCGGGUGUAGAGCGCGGACAGGGGUGCGCGGCGCGCCAGUCGGGGUUUGGCGGCCGGAGAGUGCGCGUCGUUGGAGCGCAGCGAGGAGGAGCAGCCCGGGAAGGAUUGCUUAGCCUGGCCGGAGGAAGAGGAAUCGCAGCCGGCUAUGGGAGCUGCCUGAAGCCGCCGCAGGAGGCGCCGUGGAGGAUCGGGGAUUUACUUUUCGUCCGUGGUGUGGAUUUAACAGGGGGAGUCGGAAGCGCAGGCGCCGGAAAGCCGGCGGCGGAGGCGGCGGAGGAGGAGGAUGGGCCGCCCGGAGGGGACCCACGACGGCCGCCGCCUCCUCUGCCGUCGGCUGCUGCUGGGACUGCUGCUCGCCCUGUGCCGCCUGGCGCCGCCACUGCUGGCCAAGAGCCUCGAGCCCGUCGCCUGGAGCGCCGCCAACCCAAAGUUUGUGUCUGGAAAGGGACUGAUCAUCUACCCAGAAAUUGGGGACAAGCUGGACAUUAUCUGCCCAAAGGCUGAGCCCUCCAGGCCCUACGAGUACUACAAGCUCUACCUGGUGAAGCGUGGCCAGGCAGACUCCUGCAGCACCAUCAUGGACCCCAACGUGCUGGUGACCUGCAACCGGCCUGACCAGGAGAUCCGCUUCACCAUCAAGUUCCAGGAGUUCAGCCCCAACUACAUGGGCCUGGAGUUCAAGAGGCACCAGGACUAUUUCAUCACCUCUACGUCCAACGGGUCUCUGGAGGGUUUGGAGAACCGGGAAGGCGGGGUCUGCCAGACACGCUCCAUGAAGAUCAUAAUGAAAGUGGGCCAGGAUCCGAAUGCUGUGAUGCCCGAGCAGCUGACGACCAGCCGGCCUAGCAAGGACUCUGACAAUACAGUCAAAAUUGUCACACAGAGCCCACGCAACCGGCUCCCACCUGUGGAGGACCCUGGGAAGCCAGACCCCGUCAACCAGGAUGGGCAGGACGGCCAGAGCCCCGGCGACGGCUUCUUCAGCUCCAAAGUGGCUGUCUUUGCUGCUAUCGGGGCGGGCUGCGUGAUCUUCAUCCUCAUCAUCAUCUUCCUUGUGGUUCUGCUGAUCAAGCUGCGCAAGCGCCACCGGAAGCAUACACAGCAGCGGGCGCAGGCCUUGUCACUCAGCACCCUGGCCAGCCCCAAGUGCGGUGGCAGCGGCGGCUCAGAGCCCAGCGACAUCAUCAUCCCCUUGCGGACUACAGAGAACAACUACUGCCCUCACUACGAGAAAGUGAGCGGGGACUACGGGCACCCCGUCUACAUAGUCCAGGAGAUGCCCCCGCAGAGCCCGGCAAACAUUUACUACAAGGUUUGAGGGAGCAGCAGCCUUGGAAAUGCUUUCUAGAAACUGGGGCUCAGGGGGGCAGGGCAGCCUCUGCCAGGAACCCCUCCUGCCUGAACCGUGCUUGCGACUGCACUGCACAGCAGAGGGCGGAAGGCGGUCCACCUGCUGCCACAGUGAAGCGCAGAGAACCCUUGUCCCUCCCGCCCUUCUCCCUUUUCUCCAGUAAUUUAGUUUUGUAGUUCGGAGAUUUUGUAGUUGAGGAGGACGAGGAGGAAGAAGAAGGACCUCGCCAGCAGACCCUUCUGCCUCGGGAGUGCCGAGGUCUUCGCCGCCGCCCUCCCCCCCAGCACGUACCGCUGUUCGUGCUUGGGCUUUGUGCCUUUUCCCUCGCUCUUCGGACGUGUCCAGGGAACGUCACCGUCGCCGUCACUUACUCUUUCCCAUUUUUGUUUUCGAUUCCACUACUCCAAGCUUUUAUGAUUUCAGGUGUUCUCAGGGCGGGGUGUAAAUGUGUGUGUGUUUGUGCACGCCAGGUCAGCUGUCCUUAAACCUGGUGCUCCAGGGUAAGUUGGGAAAGGAAGCUGUUUGCCGGUGUGGCAAAGAUGGAGAACCUGUGGAGUAAGGGGAGGUGUCUGGUCCUGACUUUCUCCUGCGACAUAAACUUUUUUGUAACUUCCUUUUGAAGUCGCGGAGUGUUGGGACUAGAGUCGCUGCCGCCAACCUUCCAAGCUUCCUUUAACUAUUUGCUACACACAUAACUCCCCCAGCCGGGGGUCAAACCAGGGCCCUGGGGACCAGCAUCCUCCCCUCUCUUCCAAUGACCCUCUUUGCCAUUUCGAGCUUGUGCUCUUGGACGUUUGGAGCAGCUCUCUCUCUCUCUCUCUCUCUCUCUCUCUCUCUCUCCAUCUGUCUCCAGUUUGGGUCUGUCUUCUUUUUAGUUUAUAAAAGAGAAAAAGAUUUUAAAAAUAAAGAAAGGUCUGCAGUAGUCAGUGAGAGACAGACAGACGGAAAGGGGCCCAGGUUCUGAAAGGAAUCUUAACAGGAAAGAGCCAUCCCCUCCAGGCUGUUAGGCAAUAGGGUCAAAGUUUUGAUCAUGUGUGUAAUGGGUGUUGGGGAGGGCUAUUUGGAAUGCUGCCUUGUAUCUUUUCCCGAGGCAUGGGCUGCCACCUUCCUCCUGUGCAGGGUCUGUUCAGGGAGAACUGAGCCACUGGCUUACAAGGCGAGUUUUGCUGCCGCAAGGAAAGCAGAAUCACAAAGUUCAGCACUUCCAUUUUCCGUGGACGAAAAACUAAUAGAGUGAGGUCUGCGCCUGCUCUCUGACCCAGUGACCCUAGGUAUUAGGAAUCAAGCCCACUGUUUUACCCUUUCCAGUGUCCUCAUCCUGCUUCUUAGAGCUCGUCCAUACUUUUGCUUGGCCAUUAUUUGGAAUGCAUCUUGUCCCAAUUAAUUCCUCCGUGUCUGUGUGCUUUCCUUGCUGUUCCACAGCUGUGCCUUGCAAAAAUCCAAUCUUACCCGCUGAUCUGAAGCUCAGGUAAGCAAAAUCCCUCUUCAGAUUUUCCACAUAUCUGAUAAGAUCUGAUUCACUGGGUAAGACCGGAUUUUCACAAGGCACAGCCGCAGAACAGCGAGAAAAGCUCUUAGACCUGAGGGAAUGAAUCGGUCCACGAUACGAUCAAAAUACGGUGUCAAGCAAAAAUGUGGAUGAGCCCUUAAUCUCUCUCGGAAGUUGUACAGAUAGGGACUGUUAACAACCUUUUUUUUUUCCAGAGACAGGGGGCUCUGGCACUGAAGACCAUGUUGCUUCCUGGUUCUUGGCACCAAUGAAUAUGCCACAUGAUGCAGUCUGCUUUCAGUUUUGAGGGAUUUUGUGAGAACAAAGGGAUGCAUGUGCAGGCCUGUGAAGAUAAUCAUUUUCUGUUCCACAGAAGCUGUCUUGAGGUGUGCAAAAGUGCUUCUCUCAGGCAUCCCAACAUUGCUGGCAUGGUGUGUCCAGCAAGCACUAAGCUGAGAGGAGUUGACGAACUUUGAGGCUGGAGGGGGCGAUUCAGUCUCAAAUGGUUUUGAGUGACAAAAGCCAGUUGUCUGAGGCCUAGAGGGGGCUGAGCUGCUGCAUGAGAGAGAGAAAGCCGUCACCAUAUCCGUUCUCACAAGAGGUCUUGUAUCUAAACCCAGCAACACCUCCCCCCCCCAAAAAAAAUUCUGUCAGAAAAGACAGACUUUUGGACCACGUCAUCCCUCAGACAAUCUCUGUAUGGUGUGGAAGGGAGAGAGCCCAUCAGUGAUGUGGCCCCCUAGCCCAUUUAGCAAUAGCACUGAGGUUUUUUAUUUGCCCAGGGUGUGGUAAGAAUUUACUUAUCCACCACCUGUUCAUUACCCAAGUGAGGGAACAGCUUUUAAAUAAAACACGGAACCAAGAGCAUUACAGCAAGCUUCAGCAGAUCCAGUUAGGGGCCUGGAGUUUAUUAGAUGCUAUUGCAAUAGGACAGAGCCCAACUUAACAUGGCUGAAGCCCAUUGCAGUCAGACUUCUUGAAUUUGAGGCACAUCCCCAGUGGAAGGAACCGUAGUCAUGGCCUCCACAACCCCUAGGAGAGUUGGGGGUGGGAGUGGGGAAUCUUGCCUGUCCUGUGGCUCGCCUCACGUGCAGAAGAGAGGGAACAAAUCUUGAUGGUCGGCUGGCACUCCGGGAAUCCUGGCCCCUGUUGCUGUGCACUAGAAGCGGGGCUCAGCUCCUCCUCUGAUCACACUAGCAUUCCCAGCUGGGUGCUCAGAUCAGGGCAGAAGCGCCAAUCAAAGACCCUGCUCCAACCUUUUCCUUUUGUCGCCUGGCGACAGACCGCUCCCCACCAACCUGUCCCCAUGUCCCAUGUCUCCAGAUGGGUUAGCACAUUUUCCAUGGGUGGGGAGCCCUGCAUUCCACUUGAUCACUAACACACCCAAUCUGCCUGAUCCACAACUGGGCUGUGACCUUCUAAAGGUUUGGGGGCAUCCCCCCCCCACGAGAGCUAUUUGCCCUCAAUUUGUUCGGUUGAAUUUGUCAUGCCAGAGGCCUUACUUUGCAUAGGGGAGGAGGACCCCCCCCCCCAGGCCCAGGCCUGGUUUUCCCCACUACUCUGGGAGACACACACACACACACACACACACACACACCGUUCCUCCAUCGCACCCACAGACCCAGCACCCAUGCCUCACUGAGGCUGUAGCAGCCUGCCCGCCCCCAGCCCCGCUUGCAUCAAAGCCUUAUUUCUCCUCUUCGUAGGUAGAUUUUGCUUUCAAAUGGACCAGGCCAGGUGGUCUCGGAAGGCCUUGAAGGGAGCUGGAGACACUGCAGAAGGGAGCCCUCCACCCCUGUUACAGCUGCCAGCAUGCAGCUUAAACCCUCUCUGCCUUCCUUUUGAUACAAACUCCUGCUCAAGGCAAUAAUCUGAGGCUUGAUGGACUUGGGAAGAAUUGAGCAGGCACACAUAUCUCUCUCUCUCUCUCUCUCUCACACACACACACACCAGCCAAACUCUUGAGCCCUCCCCAGUUGGGCUACUUCAGCUGCACCUUCUUCAUGUAUGAUGCAGUUUGGCUUCUUCCUGCCUUUCACCCCACCACACCGCCCCUCCCCACCAAUGCACUGACUCUCCCCCCAUCUCUAUGCAGGAUCCGGAAGCUGUUGGUGGGUGGGAAACCCCGUAAGGGCUUUAGGUAAACCUUGCACUUUUUCAGGCAUGCUCCGUGGAGGUCAGCCAAGAAGGCAGGUUUCUCAGGACUCCACAAAUAACCAACAGUCUCUUUUAUUAUUAUUGUUGUUGUUGUUAUUACUAUUAUUAUUUUUUAUUUAAAAAAGAAUUGAAGCUUUCCCCCUUCCUUCCUUCCUUCCUUCCUUCCUUCCUUCCUUCCUUCCUUCCUUCCUUCCUUCCUUCCUUCCUUUUUGAAAAUCUCCAUUCCUCCUAAUACAAACGAUCCCUUUCUUGGUGCCACAAAUGUAGGGUCCUUCGAAGCUGUUCAAAGCAGUGUGUGUUUGUUUGUUUGUUGGGGGGGGGGAGAACCCUCUGUCUUAGAAUGUGGGUGGUAGCAGGGCUAGUACACUCAUGAGGCAUAGUGAGGUAGUCGCCUCAGGUGGCAGGCUGGGAAGGAACAGCAGAUUUGGCCCAGAGAAGCACCCCCACCCAUCUCCUCUGCUUCUCUCCCACCUCCACCAUCGUCUCUGCUGCUGCCACCCCUGCUUCUCUCCAGCCUUUUUCAUCUUCCACUCACUGGGACUUCUCCAAACCGCCUCCAGCAGCAGUGGAGGAGAUGGCAUGGGGGACACCUGUUUUCUGUUUUGCCUCAAGCGGCAUUUGCCGUGGGCCAUCCAUGGGUGGUAGAUAUAUCUGCAGGAAAUGCCAACCCAAGGUCUUGAUUGGAAGGGAUGAUGCUGGUUUCAGCCUAAGGUUUUGUGGUUUGCAUUUUGCUUCUUACCUUCCCUGCAGCACAAAUUGGUUUCUUGAAUCAUACUGCCUUGGACAAAAACAUCUGUCCGUUUUCUUGAUUUAAUGCAGGUCAGGCGGGGUCCCAGGGUCUGUUCAGCAACUUUUGGAAAUCAAGGACUACCAAAUCCAGGCUGGCUUUACCAUGUCAUCACACUGUUUUCCAAGUCAGGGAGAGUUUGUGUCAGACUCAAAACAACAUUUUAAAAAGGGGGCCAGGGUUUUUCUUUUGCUAUUUUUUUUAAAGGGGGGGUUUAUAGAUACAUUUCUUAGAUAGCAGAUCCUGUGGGGGGAGGCAAACAAGAAACAGGAAGGUAUGAAAUGCCAGGCUGAAUGGAACUGAAAUCACUCUCUUUGAAUGUGCUACGUUGAGAAACUUGAUUUCCUGUAAGAAAACCGUGGAAAUUGCAUAUUCUUCAUCUUUGCCUAUAGAGGGAAAUACUCCAAACACACGUACGUGUCCACCACAACAUGGGAGGCAGUUCCCCUCCAUAAAACUGACUUUACAGGGAAUUUUGACCUCCUGUCCAUGAUCCUUGCCACCUUAAUAAGUAAGGUCUUUCUUGACAUCACUUGUCGCCACAGGUUUGUGCGCAAUAAAUUGCAGGAGGUUCCAACGCCAAGGUUAGUUUUGGUCCUCGUCCAAAAGGGAGCAAACUCAUCCAGUUGUGCACAGCCAAAUAAAAAGGGGGAAUGGGGGAGAGGAGGAGGAUCAGAUAUUUUUGUGUGUGUCUGACUUAAUGGGUCCUAAAACAGUUUCUUUGUUGUUGUUCUCCCCACCCCGCCCCUUCGGAAGAACAUUUCUUUCUGGAUUUUUGAGGUUUUAUUUUGUGUAAAUAUCUAGUCUUUUUUGGAAAAAAAUAUAAUGUAAAGAUGUUUUGUAUAAACUCUGGAUUAUUUUCUGGUUGCUUUUUCUUAGAAAAAAACAAAACAAAUGAGAACCUAAAAAAAACACACACACACACAAGAACGGGUGUAAAACAUUUUGUCAUGCUGCAGUCCGGCUUAGCAGGGUUCAUCCAUCAAACAUGGGGUGUCAUUGCCUGUGUGCUAUCCUCCCAAAAGCCAGGCGGGAAUCCACAGUGGAAAAAACAGUCCCAGUGCAAAAAAGAGGCAUCAUUAGACUAAGUGACACUUGGGGUCCUUUCUAAUACUACAAUUUUGUGGGAGAGGAGAGGAGAGGAGACAUGGGAUAGGCACUGACCAUUUGGCAAUCUCUGGGUUGG